AUGUUAUCUUCCCUAUUCCUCGCAAUCCAUCUAGCAACUGUAGUUCAUAUCAAUGCUGUGUCAUCAUUCCAGUCAAAUUUUACAAUCCUUCCACGUAUCUCACCAGAUGAUAUUAUUCAAAACUUAAUAAAGACUAGUUAUGAUCGUCGGAUUAGACCUCCCAACAUUAAUGAUAAAGGAGAGAAUAAGCCAGUUAAUGUAGAAACCAACGCAUACAUCAGAAGCUUCUCAAACAUUGACUUCGUUAAAAUGCAAUAUGAUGUUCAGCUAACUUUCCGACAGGCGUGGCAUGACUCUCGAUUAGCCUAUAAUUAUAGAAAUGGAAAAAUUCCAAAAUUCAUGAUAAUUACGAGAGAUGAUCUUAUUUGGAAACCUGAUACAUUCUUCUUAAAUGAGAAAAAUGCUUUUCGACACAAUAUUGAUAGCCCGAACAUGCUACUUAGAAUAUAUGCGAACGGAAGUGUUCUUUAUUCACAAAGGAUAUCUUUAACGUUGUCAUGCCCUAUGCUAAUGAAGAGAUAUCCGAUGGACAAGCAGAGUUGUGACAUGGCAUUUGCUUCAUAUGCAUAUUCAGAGGAUGAAAUAGUGUACAACUGGAAGCACAAUGAUUCAAUUCAACUUCAUAAAGCGUUGCGUACUUCAUUACCUUGUUUCACUUUAUAUGAUUUUGAGACAAAUACUUGUACAAGCAAAACUAAUACGGGCACGUAUUCAUGUCUCAAAGUUACAUUCAAUCUUCAUCGCCAGUUUAGUUAUUACAUGUUACAAGUGUAUAUACCUUCUACCUUAUUAGUUAUUGUUUCUUGGAUAUCGUUCUGGCUUGAGAGGACUGCUGUGCCUGCUCGAAUAACUUUAGGAGUGACAUCUCUUCUUACAAUGACAACUCAGGCUGCCUCUAUACAGAACUCACUACCAGCAGUGUCAUAUGUAAAAGCUAUUGAUAUUUGGCUUGGAUCAUGUAUGUCUUUCAUAUUUGCUGCUGUUUUAGAGUUUGCUUGGGUGUCUGUAGCUGCUUCGAAGUUUGCUUGGGUGUCUGUAGCUGCUUCGAGUCAGGAGACGCGAGAAGGGAAAACUAAAUCAUGCAAUCAACAUGGGGAACUGCAAAGUCCUGAUUCAGGAAUAGACAAGAGCUGGCAUUCAAAGCUAGGUAGUAAAGAUGAAGAAGAAGAAGAAGACAACGCAUUGUUGAAAUCCAGUGAAUUGUCCGAGAAAAAGCCAGACUCAGAAAAUAAGCAGAAACAAGUAGAUGAAAGCAGAGUGAUAGACUUGGUAGCAAGAAAAGUUUUUCCCCUGAUGUUUAUCAUCUUCCAAAUUUCUUACUGGACCUGGUAUUCAACAUUAGACUGA